UUUAAAUUUAUAGCUCAAAUACGCCACAAGAUCCUUUGCAUUACCAACGCGCUCUACCAAUCUGCAGAACAGCCUCUUCCUUUUAUUCUUGAAUGGGGUAUUAAACUCAAUGAAAAAUUUAUAGGUUUUCAAGGUAGCAGCUAGACUGGCCCUUGGAAUUUUUUACGUACAAUUUAUGGUUGUUAUAGAUGCAUAUUUCUUUGAGUAAAUCUGAUAUAUAUUUGUUGCAGAUUUAUCAUAACCAUGUCCGUUAUAAUUAAAAUCGCAUGUAAAUUUUUUUGGUCAUAUUCAAUUGGCCAAUUUCUGAUUUGUGAUUAACCGCUAGCUGCUCUUCUUGUUAAUUAACAUCAUUUGUUCAACCGAUCUCCCAUUGUAAUGUACGAAUUAUGAAUCCAUAAUUACCCUACAGUAGUGUCAUACCAAGACUGCUAGAGUCAAUGGCAAAGGUGAAGUUUAUGCCAUCGAUGGAAGCAUCUCCUGCUAUUUUUGAGGCCCCGUGACUGUGACUGAGAUACUCUUUGUUAAAUGAGCAAACUUGGUUAUUUGACAAUUUACUUUCUUUUUUUCCUUAACACGUAAGCCUUUUGCAGGUUUUGCUAUAACGAUGCUUGUGAAAACAUUUUCCAAUCUAAACUAGAUUUGAUCAAAGUGUUCAUAUCAAUGGGAAAGGCAACGGAUUUAGGAAUUCUCACGAGUGUUACCAUCACUCGACGUCAAAAUAGAACAAACCUUGUCGUUGGGUUUUAAGGGCAAAUGAAAUUGUACUUCUUAGCUUGGGCUCGAAUUCUAAAGCACGGAAAGAGUUCAAGCUUUUACCCGAGAUACUAAUUUAAGGAUUUCUGUCUUUUUUAUCCUAUUCCACCCAAUUAGUUCCAAAUUGGUAAAGACUUGCACGAGGUCUGCAUGUAAAAGCGUAAUUAGCAUUGUCACACCACUUGCGUUAGUUCGUUCAUAAAGGCUGGUUUUUAUAACAGCGUAUAUCAACGCAUUUCAUCGCGAUUCAGGUCCACGAUUUUCACGAUAUAUGAAAAUCACGGUAUAUGAGAACCAAAACACGUAAUUCAUCUUAAGUUAUUAUAAUUCGACGUAUUUUGUCGGGAGAAAACAAAUUUUUCGAUUUGUUCCGAUGAAGUACGUCGAAUAACGUUGAAUUGCGUUCUAUUAAGGCUGGUUUUCAUAUAACGUAUUUCGCCGUAUUUCAUCGCAAUUCAGAGUCUACGAUCAAUUAAGAUAAUUUCCGUUAUAUGAAAACCGACCAAAUUUUAUGAAAACCACCUAUCGUAAAUAAUCCUAAUAUAACGUAAUUCAACGUAAUUCGACGUAAUUCAUCGGAAGAAAUGAAAAAAUGUUGGUUCUCCCGACAAAAUACGUUGAAUUACGAUAAAUUAAGAUGAAAUACUUUUUUCGAUUUUCAUAUAACGUGAAAAUCGUGGACCCUGAAUUGCGAUGAAAUGCGUCGAAAUACGUUAUAUGAAAACCAGCCUUUAGGAUUGUUCAAGAUUAGUGGUUUUCAUGAAAUUUGUUCAGUUUUCAUAUAACGGAAAUAAUCUAAAUUGAUCGUAGACUCUGAAUUGCGACGAAAUACGCCAAAAGACGUAUAUUUAUUUCACAUCUAGGUGUGUAUACUAUGCAGCUUCAAAAAAAUUAAUCAUUUUACCCAACGCAUUUUCAAAACGCCCAUCCGUUAACUGCGUGCGAGUACUAGAAAUGAGAAAAAUGUAUAUGGAUGACUCUUCUUUUAAGAGUGUUUGUUCCGUCUCAGGAAGGUGACUCGCAUUUUCAUCAAAAUUAGAGAAAAAAUUUCAAAUGUAUUUCGAAAAACGUAAAGAAAACUGCCAAAAAUGUUGCGAAAUUCCAUAUCUGUUUUUAUCGAUUUUCCAUAUCUGAUUUUUUAAAGAUUUUUGUCAAAGAGUCAAGAGUCAAAUUAAGUUGGGAAUCUUCAUCGCGAAACAUGAUUUUCAUUUUUGGAAUGCAAAAGCAAAUCGUAAGAAUCUCUACUUAUAGAUACGGUUGCCGCUGAAAUUUUUAUCAGAAAAUGAUCAGAGCUUGGAAUUAGCAGUGUUAAUGCCUGCUUAGCAAUGUUUUUUGUAAAAGAAAUCUAUUGAAUUUCUAUGGAAACGUCAAUCUUGCACAAGCCUCGAAAAUGUUGGGGUUUAUUGGCAUAAAGUAAGCAUAGAUUCAAGGGGCACUUUUUUUAUGUGCAAUAUUUAAUUUACCAUACGUCGAGACCAUUUGUGGCAUCUUCCAAAAGGUGGUAUUUGGAAGCAGAUUCAUACUGCAAAUUGAAGACUAGAAACAGGCAGAAGCAAGAAGCGAAUUGGCAUGACUUAAGUUGCUGAAGUUGAUUCUAUUAUUUUAGCUGCAGUCUACUUACAUUGGCCAACAGCACUGUAUGUAGAGACCUUAAGGACAUUCCCAACCUUAUUCCAACACACUGGCAUCUUAAGUAAACAUUCUUUUUCAGAUACGUGAGUCCUUUGCGAUUGCUAAUUUGUUUAUUAAAUAAGGAUGUAACAUUUUUACUAAAGAGAUAUUGUUAUUUAAACUAUUUUAAGUACUGAUUUACAAACGUUUUAUGAUAUGUCAAAGCAGUUUCAUCUCCCGGGCAUGGGGUCGUACUCCCCUUUCCGAGACUGAGAGGCUUUCUACGGAUUUGUGGUGGGGCUAAAGCACUUUUCGGGUUACCUGAAAGCUCACUAGCCCCAAAACCACACUUUCGUGGUCCCUGCCCUUAGAUGUAGGAUUUCUUUCUUUAUUUAACCACAUAGUACAUACACCAAACUUUGAAAUGCAAAUGCUCGAACAGAACUCAAACUGAUUUUCGGAGCCGUCCUGUACACAGAAGGAAAAGCAAUGAGAAUUCCACUUCUGCUGGACACAUGUAAUUAUCCCUCAUGCAUAUGUUAAUGCUACACGUUCUUUGUCUUUUAAGUAGAUUUUGAAUAGAAGAAGGUGCGAAUUUUUGUUCAAGUUGCAGCUGAAAUACACUUGGUAUUCAGCACUGAUGUUUGUAAUCUUUUAAGAAAACCUCUUAAGGAUGUCUUCUUAAGGAAACUUUUUUAUUUAUAUUGAUUUGAGAAUGAGGCAUGGAUCAGUUUACAGUACCGGAGGCACAGCGGGGAGAAGCACCCUACAAUUUCUAAGCACUUGCCUCUGGUUUUAUUACCAAUAUUGGACAAAAAUACUUUUUAUCGCACCAAUAAAACGCAGGGAAAAUUCAAUUUUAGGUGAGGGAGCAAAAACCUCCAAAAACAAGCAACUUUCCCAAAGUGAAAAAAUUUAACGACAAGAGCUGUAUUUUAACUGACAAUUCAGCAAAAGCUGGGGUGGAUGGCUCUUGCAUUUUCUUCCUUGUGUUUACAACUGCGUAAUGGUGUUUCAUAAUGGCAUCGAAUGUUUCUGAUUAUUUUUGUGAUCACUGCUGUAAAUGUUGAUCAUCCCCUUGAUUUCUUAAUCAUGCAGAUCUUGCUUGAAAAACAAAACGGUCAUUUUUGUCUCAUCUAGAAUAUAGCCCUCCUGACAGACUGUAGUUGCGCCUCGAUGGCUCAAUGACGUAGCAACCAUUACCAAUUUUAAGCCACGGACUCGUGAACAUUGAGCAUUCACAUCGGUGUUUUCAGUCCAGCCUCUACACACAUUGCAUUAUAACGUCCUAUUACACGCAUUUAGCUUUUACUUGCCUAAGAUCGAUCUAUCUAACCAGUAAAGAUAAUACAUGAAAAGUUCGAGACGUUUAAUGUAUUAUAACGUUUCAUUUCUUUAGUCGUGGCUGUAUGCCCAACAGUUUUAGUUCUGAAAUAUUUCGCUGCAUUUGAGAAAAUUUUAGAAAAGUUGUUUAUUUGUAAAAGUUGUUAGAAAAGCUAUUCUGUAGCGAUUGCUGAAUUGCGAUUGCAUUAAGAGAACAGGUGAUAGUUGAGACGUCAUAACCAACUUUCCAUAAGACCUUAUUAAACGAAGAAAGUUGGCAAAAGGCAUUGUCCAAUGCAUCUAAUGUGUAUUGUGAUGUUUUGCUUGUUGUGAGUGUCAAUGUAUUGUUGUAGCUGGUUGUAGGCGUAACGGCCAUAUGAAACAAUCAUAUUUAUAUUUUUACGCUAAAGGUAUAAAAUUUGUUAAGAGGAUAACUGUGUGUUUUGUUUCGAAGGUGGAAUAUCAGCUUUGCAGGUGCGCAAGGAAUUUUUUGUGGUUCAAAGAGAAGUAGUUCUCGAUACUAAGUUAUUUGCGUUGCUUAUCAAGGAUUGCUUUUAUCAGUCAUUCAUUUUCAAGGCUUGUGUCGAGACAUAAGUGAGAAUUUCAGCUUGUUGAAUUGUACAAAGGCUGUGAAUGAGGAUGACUGGAAAAUACGACUGUAGACAAACAAAUGCUGUUUGUUAUUUGAAUGGUAUGCGACGGAGCACAGACUUAUUUCAGUCAUGUGGUUAAUGAUCAUCUUGUCCUCCACAAUUCUCUACGUCAUUGCCCACGUGUCAUUCCACUUUCUGAAGCAGUAUUACAAAAACUUGCCACCAGGUCCAGUGCCUUUCCCAAUAAUUGGCAACUUACACUUACUCGGCUCAAGCCCCCACGUUUCAAUGAAACAAAUCUCUCGCAAGUAUGGUGAUAUAUAUCGAAUUCAUUUUGGAUCAGAGUUGGCUAUCGUUGUCACUCAAAUUGAUCUGGCACUCGAGGGGUUGAUACAGAAAGGUGUCGAUUUUGCUGGCAGGCCCAAAACAUACACCCUGGACCUCGCAAGUGGUAAUGGGAAAGGUAUAGCCUUUGCAGAUUAUGGACCAAUGUGGCGACUUGUACGAAAGAUAGGCCAUUCUUCGCUAAGGAUGUACGGAGAUGGGCUGAAAAACCUUGAAGCACUCAUUAUCAAAGAAAGCGAAGAACUGCACAAGAGGCUGGAUCAAAAUGUCGGAAAAUCAAUCAAUCCACAUCAUAAUAUCGCUUUGGCAAUUAUGAAUGUGAUUUGUGCAAUGAUUUUUGGAUCGCGUUAUGAUUUGGACGACGAAGAAUUCCUUUCGAUCGUGAACUCAAAUGUUACAUUUGUCAGAGCAUUCGAAUACGACAAUCUAGUCGAUAUAUUUCCAUUGCUACGACUUCUGCCUAACAAACGCUUGAAAAUGAUAAAGAAAGCAUUGGCUAUAAGAGAACCAGUACUAACCAGGCAAUUGCAUGAGCAUCGAAGGAAAUUCGACGGGGAGAGCGUGCAUGAUCUUACUGAUGCAUUAAUCAAAGCAGCUCAAGAUGCUAUCGAGCAUGAUAAACAGGCCAAGGAGUUCUUAACAGACGACCACCUAUACAAGAUAAUGGAUGACAUGUUCGGAGCUGGUUCCGAAACAACAACGACAACAAUGCGAUGGGCCUUCUUAUUCUUCGCCCGCUGGCCUGAAGUCCAAGACAUAGCAUAUGAAGCUAUGAUGCGCAAAAUUGGAACAGCGCGACUGCCAGUUGUCAGUGACCGCGCGGAUCUUCCUUACGUUGACGCAAUUGUCCACGAAGUGCUACGUAUGGCAUGCAUCGCUCCGUUUGCUGUGCCGCACAAGACAACAUGCGACACGACACUUGGAGGGUACAACAUUGCAAAGGGAACACAGAUUUUCUUUAAUAUUUGGGCGAUGCAUUUUGACAGCCGUGAAUGGGACGACCCAUUCGUUUUCAAGCCGGAGAGAUUUAUUGAUGAAUCUGGCAAUAUCGUUCCGGGAAUGCAACGAAGCUACCUCCCAUUCUCAGCCGGACGAAGGGUCUGCCUGGCCGAGUUACUUGCCAAAGUUGAACUUUUCCUACUCAUUGCUCGCAUGCUGCAUCAAUACAAGUUUUUACCGGACCCUGAUGAACCUUUACCGGAUAUAGAAGGGAUCUACGGAUUGUUUCUCGCCCCCAAACCGUAUAGAAUUAGAAUAACGCGACGAAACACCAACUGCAACUUAUAAAUAAAUGAUUAAUGUACAGGCAUAUAUAGAUACACGACUCGCAAUAACUGCUAUUUUGUUUGAUUUUAAAGGAGACGUGUAAGAUGCUCAAGGAUUUCCUGUUUGGGGAUCUUUACCUUGCAUAAAUUGAUCGGUUAACUUUUCUAGAACCAAGCAGUCAAGAAUUUUAAAGAUAGAAUCCUCAUACAAAAAUUUGAUAGAUUCUUUUGGAUAAAAAUCUCUAAACAACUAUAUCUAAAUUCCUUUAUCUCCAAUUUUGAUUAAUAUGCCUGAAUGACGUCAUGCAAUACAAAACGAUUGCUUCUUGGUGACCGAAAUAAUCCGAAUGUACCCUAUAGUAUCUUAUCAUUUUGUACUUUGCCCGUAGCUUUUUGUUCUGUUCCUCGUCUCCGAUUGCGUUUUUACAUAAGAUAAUUAUUGCAUUAUUGUUAUACAGUUGCUUGUAGCAUCACAUGCUAAACAAAAUAUUCCAAAUAAUUUUAAGAUUUUUGUAACUUAAGUAACGUCGCUCUAUGUUAGUUGGUAGUAAGCAUAAGUUAAUUGAACUAGAUUUGUACCUUGUGUGUUGUUUAUUGUUUGUUUGUUAAUUUCGUGAUGUUUUGUUUGUUUAUGUGUUUGCAUAGACAUCUAAGCAUUUCUCACUGGGAGCGGAACUUGGCAUUUGCCAAUUGUAACUUAACCUACUUAGGGUGUUAACUGUAUGUACCCUGGAAAAUUUCGUAAUAUUGAGUAAUUAUUGCCUUGCAAGGCCAUCUGUGUAAGCAAAAUGCAUAAAGCAAAAAUGA